GUGGCUUUGACAGGAAACAUAAGCCGAACUGAAUAGUAGACAACAAUGGCUUCUACUGGCGUGAAGGAUUUCUACCGUCAGAAGAAGAAAGGAGGUGUCGCCAAAACUUCAUCAUCCUCUAAGAAGAAAACAGGGGCUUCUGUUGGGGCAUCAAAUCCUGCUCAGAUGCCAGCACUAAUUUCUCACGGAUCCUUGGAUCUCAAAGAUGACUUCAGUGAGCAAGAGGAGCAGCUGCGGCAGUUUGACCUGGACAUGAAGUUUGGCCCGUGCAUUGGUGUUAACCGGCUUCAGCGCUGGGAGCGUGCUUCUGCCAUGGGCCUCCAGCCACCGCCUCAUCUUCGGGAUCUCUUAUCUCACGCCUCAUCUGUUAAGAAUCGCAACAAUGGAGGCCCCUCCCCCGAGUGCCUCUGGGAGGGUAAAAUCUAGAACCAAAAUUCCUCUACAAUAGGUGAUACAUGGCAAGAUAUCAAUCUUGCCAUCAUCUACCCUGGUCUUCUUGGCCCCUUCAUAGCUAGGACCAGGCAGUUUAGUUCAGGCUCUUUUACUACAAGAACUCUUGCUGUUGUUCCAAACCUUGUUUUUCUUCUCAGAUGUUGCUGCUUCAGUUCUGCCGGCACAUCUUCAGUUUGCGCCGGGCAAGUUGUUCAUGUUGUUUCCGUAUGUUAAGAGGAAUUAACAGACAUGCUUGUUUCCCCUUGAA